GCAUCACAUAGUAUUUCAGGUGGUUCAGCAUCACAUGGUAUUUCAGGUGGUUCAGCAUCACAUGGUUCAAUGUCCCAUAAUGCUGCAUGGUCAAGUCAUAGCCAUGAAAGUUCUUCAUACUCAAGUAGUCACUCAAGUAGUGCUUCAGUGAGUUCUGAGUCUGGAAUGAAUUUCGCUAUUGCUGGAUCAACAUCUCUCUCCAGAGAAUAUUACACCUCUAAUAAAGCACAUUCGUUCACCUGGACAAACAUUCCUCUUAACUUCCAGUCUCAAAUAGCUUGGUUCCAUAAGUUUUUGCAGUCUAAGGGUUGUAGUAAUGCAGCUGAUGCCCGUUGUAAGGCCGAUAUUGAUAAUGCACUCUUCUGGUUAGGUGCAUUAGGUGUCUCGGAUUACUUCCAAAUCCAUAGCAAGUCUAUCGUUGCUAUGCGAGGAAUCUCACAGUUAUGCAUUCAUCAUACCACUCAACUUCUUCAGACAGUGCUCACUGAAGGAGCAAAACACAUUGUAGUACAAGGUUUACCACCAAUAGGGUGCUUUCCUGUAAGCAUAUCUUCAUGUCCACCUCAACAACUUGAUCAGAUGGGGUGCAACUCAGAUAUAAACUCGGCAAUAGACCUUCAUAAUAAAUUGCUCCAGAAGAUGAUAGAAAGGUUCCGAAGGCAGUUCCCUCAGUGCACAAUCAUAUAUGCAAACUACUGGAAGGCAUUCUUAGCAAUAUUCAACAAUCCUGGGAAUUACAAUUUCAAGGAGACUAAAAAGGCAUGCUGUGGAGGAGGGGGAGGAGAAUUCAACUUUGAUAGGAACAGUAUGCGUGGAACGUCUGGCGCGACCAAAUGCUCAGAUCCUGAUAGUUACAUUAGUUGGGAUGGUAUUCACCUCUCUGGAGCCAUGAACAAGCAUCUGGCUGAGCUUUUGCUCAAUAAAGACUAUUGCGAACCGCCAUUUUCUGAGAUGGUCAAUAAGAAAACUAGUAUUUGAAUGCAAGGAUAGAACAUAGAACUAGCAUAGUUACUCCAUUAGCUAGCUAUCAUAGCCCUGGAUGGCAGCCACCCAGUGAGCGAGAAUGCAUUGUAAUA